UUACCAAAGGAAGAGGUUUUCAGACUGAACGAUGAAGACAAUCAAGUGUUUGAUAUUCCACUUGCUGAUAUUCUCAGUGCUGUGUGUUCUAGUGAAGGGUUUUGGAAGGCCAUCACCUCCGAGAUCAGGUGUUAAUCAUUUGCAACAAGAGUUAAAGAAAUUUGAACAAAUAGGAGCUAAGCUUGGUGAGGAAAUGGAAGUAUUGAGUGAACAGAUUAAUGAUCUGAUAUGUAAGAACGGAAGUGCAAACGUAACAACAGUAAAGCGAAGCCUACAACCAACAUUAACAUCAAUGCAAGGUCAGUCAUCAAACAGUCAAAAACAACCUAUGCAACAACAACAAUAUUAUCCAUCCAAUACGAUGAUGAACAGUCAAAUGGGAAAGAGAAUCACCAACAAUGCACAACAACCAAUGAGUGCAUACUCUCAAAAUUCUAAUUUAUAUAGUAAACAGAGUGGAUAUGGACAAUCCACUGGUCAAUCACAAAUGAUCAAACGUCAACAACAACAAUCAAGACCAAUACAAGCUCACUCUCCACCACAACGUCAUCAACAAUAUGGAAAUCCUGAACAACACCCAGUUUAUGAACCACCUCAAUAUUACGAUAACAUAGGAUGGGGUGAAAAUGUACCAGACAGUUAUGAGCCUGUUGGUGGGCCAUAUGCAUAUGAUGAUUACGCUGAAGAACAGGAUAUGGGUGGUGAUGAUAAUAUAGAGAAACGUGAAGUGAAAUAAACUGAAAUUAGAUUAAGAAUGACAGUUUUGUUGGAGAGUUAUAUGGAGAUAUGCUGAAAUCCUGUAAUUACUUAGAUAAAUAUUGACUGUUUAUCUUCGUGUGUUUAAAUAUAAUUCAAUAGCUCG